CGGGCUAUAAAGGGAGCCCCGCGCACGGGGAAGGGCGCCGCUGUCACCAUGGAGCUGCGCGCGCGGCUGCUGCUUCUGCUGCUGCUACUGCUUCCCGCGCAGGCGCCGGCCCAGGGGUCUCCGCACGCUCCCGAGGCGCGCCACCAGCUCUGCGGCCGCCACCUCCUGCGCGCGCUGGUGCGCGUGUGCGGGGGCCCGCGCUGGUCCCGCGAGGCGGGAGAGCCCGCGACCCGCAGCGACCGUGAACGUCUGCGACCUCUCCCCUGGCCGGCGGCUGACCGGGACCCCGCACCGGGCGCUGACCCGCAGCCCCUGCCCCAGGCUUCGCGGCAGGAUCGGCGCCGCCGUGAGGCAGAGGCCUCCAACCCCGCGCAGCGCUGCUGCCUCGCGGGCUGCACCCGCCAGGACCUGCUGAGCCUCUGUCCGCACUGACCUGCCCUGGGCGCGGCCUCAGCGGCUGCAGAGAUCCCCAGGCCACACGGCGCCUGAGCCCCAAUCACUAGAGGGGGCGCUGUUGGUCACCUCCCGGACCGCGCUCACACCCUCUCCAGCGCCAGCAGUUCUUCGGAGAUGCGAGGCACUGAGCCCACUCUGGCCCCCGGCCACCCCGACUCCCCUUCCUGCCCUCUCCCCGAUAGGAAAUAAAUGUCUUCAAGCAGAGUCUUGUAUUUUCUGAAGGC